AUGUCAAUGAUAACUCGUAAAUCUCCUUUUCUUCCGUCACCAUCUUUGACAGGACAAUUUAUCAAAACCUCUUCUAUUACAUCUCCCCGCUUCUUUCACACCACCAUGAGUAACAAAUCUAAGCUUCAACCUGCUGCUCGGGUUGCUGCAAGAAAGCAAGAUGUUUGGACCAUUGUCAAUGAGGCUGCUGCCGCCUCUCCCAAGCAACCUAUUGUGAAUAUGGGCCAAGGUUUCUUCGGAUACAAUCCUCCUAAAUUUAUACUCGAUGCCGCGAAGGCAGCUCUCGAUAAGGUCGAAUGCAAUCAAUAUUCGCCAACCAAGGGUCGUCCACGUCUCAAGCAAGCAAUUGCAGACUCAUACUCUCCUUUAUGGGGGAGAAAGCUGAACCCCGACACGGAGAUUACUAUUACAACCGGUGCAAAUGAAGGCAUGCUAAGUGCCUUUAUGGGAUUCAUCGAAGAAGGAGACGAGGUUAUAAUAUUCGAGCCAUUCUUUGACCAAUACAUCAGCAACAUAGAAAUGCCAGGUGGAAAGAUACGCUACGUACCUUUACAUCCACCUGAGAAGGGUGCAGCUCAGAAUACUUCUGCAGGAGAAUGGACAAUAAAUUUCGCCGAGCUCGAGGCAGCUAUCACACCUAAGACAAAGAUGAUCGUUCUUAACACGCCUCAUAACCCGGUCGGCAAGGUCUUUUCAAAGGAGGAAUUGCUUAAGAUUGGAGAACUUUGCGUCAAGAACGAAAUUAUCAUCCUUUCCGACGAAGUGUAUGACCGAUUAUAUUAUACACCAUUCACAAGAAUGGCAACCUUAUCUCCAGAAAUUGAGAGACUUACACUUACAGUUGGGUCUGCUGGAAAAAACUUCUACGCGACUGGGUGGCGUGUUGGAUGGUUGAUCGGACCACCACACUUGAUUCAAUAUGUUGCAGCAGCACACACCAGAAUCUGCUAUUCUUCUGUCUCGCCCUUACAAGAAGCUGCGGCUGUUGGCUUUGAAGAAGCCGAUGCUAAUGACUUCUGGAACUCAGCCGUAACGGAGAUGAAGGGCAAAUUGAAUCUUUUCAACGAAAUUUGGAAAGAAUUGGACCUUCCAUUCUCUGAUCCUGAAGGUGGUUAUUUUGUUUUGGUGAACAUGAAGAAGGUCAAGAUUCCAGCGGACUAUCCAUUUCCAGACCAUGUUAAGGACCGCCCAAGAGACUUCAAGUUGAGUUGGUUCUUGAUUCAAGAGGUUGGCGUAGCUGCUAUUCCUCCAACCGAGUUUUAUACCGAUGAGAAUGCUCAUAUUGGCGAAGACUGGCUGCGAUUUGCUGUAUGCAAGGAAGAUCAGGUACUCGAAUCAGCUAAAGAGAGAUUACGUGGCCUAAAAAAGUACAUUGAGGCAUGAAUUUAAGAUGAUAAAAGGCGAUUUCAACAUGCAGAGCCAAUGUGCAACUAGGUAGUUCUAGCUCGUAAAUAAUUACCAAAUCGUGAAACCAUGAUUUGCAGGUUGUCUUACGAUAGAAGCUCUCA